AAUUUACGCUAACGCGUAACGAGGAGCGCGUGUUUCUCACGUGACUGGCUGCUUCGUCUUCGUCUUCGUCUUCGUGGAGCACUCCACUUCAAAUUCUCUGUCCACCCACCGCCGUCUAUAUAUAGUCAAUGUGCAAUGGAGCCACCCACAUCCACAUCCUAAAUCUUCUCCUUCUCUUUUUCUCUCUCUCUCUCCAUCACCCUCAUGGAAGCAGUUCAUGUUCCCUACCAAGUUCACCCCCAUUCUCUCGCCGCCGCCGCCAAAGAUCGGAAACCACAGUUCCACGAGCUGCCGGACCCGGACAUCCAUAUCGUUACGUCCGGUGGACUUCGAAUUCCUGCGCACUCCACCAUUCUGGCAUCGGUUUCGGCGGUUCUGGAAAACAUCAUCGACCAACCGCGAAAGCACCGGAGCUCCGAGAAAGUGAUUCCGAUUCUCGGCGUUCCGUGCGAGGCAGUCGUUUCGUUUGUCCAAUUCCUCUACACCUCCAGGUGCCCUGAGGAAUAUCUCCGAAAGUACGGAAUCCAUCUAUUGGCGCUCUCGCAUGUCUACCUGGUUCCACAUUUGAAGCAGCGAUGCAGCAAGCAAUUGGCUCGACAGUUGACGAUUGAUAGCGUCGUCGACAUACUCCAACUCGCAAGAAUGUGCGACGCACCGGAUCUGUCCCUUAGCUGUAUGAAGAUGGUGUCGAGCCACUUCAAGGCCGUGGAGAAAACGGAGGGCUGGAAAUUCCUGCAAGAGCAUGACCCUUGGCUGGAGCUUCAGAUUCUGCAAUUCAUGGAUGAAUCCGAAUUGAGGAAGAAGAGGUGUAGAAGGCAGAGGAAGGAGCAGAGGCUGUACCUUCAGCUAAGCGACGCCAUGGAGUGCCUGGAGCACAUCUGCAAGGAAGGGUGCACAGAAGUUGGGCCGCACGACGUGGAGCCCACAAAGAAGCCGUGUUCCAAAUUCUCGACGUGUCGUGGCGUUCAGCUUCUGAUCAAGCACUUCGCGACGUGUCGGAACAGAGUCCAGGAAGGAGGAUCAUGCUGGCGCUGCAAACGGAUGUGGCAGCUUCUACGGCUGCAUGCCUCCAUCUGCGACCAAUCCGAUUCUUGCAAAGUCCCCCUUUGCAGGCAGUUCAAAGUAAGGAUGCAGCAAGAGAAAAGAAAACACGAUGCAAUGUGGAAGCUUCUGGUGAACAAAGUGGUGUCUGCCAAAACCAUAUCUUCCCUUUCUCUUCCCAAAAGGAAAGCCGACGCCGACGCCGACGCCAUCAGAACCUUCGGAUUACAAACAACCUGUUGAGUCUGUAAUGUUUCUCUUUUUGUUAUUUUUCCUGUCGAGUCUGCACCGGAUUAGAUUUUAUUUUAUUUGUUUUUAUGAGACGUUGAGGUUUUCCUUUCCUUUCAACUGUUUGUAUAGCUACAGGGAGCAAUGGUUUGUAAAAAGGAAAGAAAAAGUAGAUACUAAAAAAAAGUGCAUCUCCAAUCUAACAUUACUAUUUCUACGUUUUUCAAUUCUUGGGGGUGGGAGGAAUCAAUGCCAAUUUUUAAUUUAAGAAGAAAAUACAUACAGAACU